AUGGCAAGAAACAGGCCGACAAGCCUGCGCAGGCUGGCCCUGGUCGCCUCCGUAAGCCUCAACGCGGCUGCCACCGCCGCCACCGACAUUCUCCAGACGACCGGCUUCAAUAACUGCGGAAGCAACGACACCACAGUCACCGUCCAGAAGGUCGACAUCCAGUACAACAACGCCAACAAGACCGUCACGUUUGACGUCGCCGGCUCCAGCGCCAAGGUGCAGAACGUCACUGCCAUUCUCAACGUCACGGCCUACGGCGCCCAGGUCUAUUCCAACUCCUUCAACCCCUGCUCCGCGAGCACCUUCGUUGAGCAGCUCUGCCCCGUGCCCGCAGGAAGCUUUGCCGCGAGUGGGUCCCAGGCCAUCCCCGCCGAGUUUGCCAAUCAGGUACCGGCCAUCGCCUUCCAGAUCCCGGACAUCGCCGCCCAGGCCACGCUGCAGCUGAUGGCCAUGGAUGGUGACAACAAGGGCCAAGAUGUUGCCUGCAUCCAGUCACAGGUGUCCAACGGCAAGACGACAGACGUCCCCGCCGUGUCGUACGCGGCAGCCGGUAUUGCAGCAGCCGCGCUUGUGCUGAGUGGUGUCGGUGCCGUCGGUGCCGCUAUUGCAAGCGGCAGCAGUGCAGCGGCAGCCGGCGGAUCGUCUGUGGCCGGCGGCAUGGGCACGAUCAGCCCCAGCUUCGGCGAGGUUUUUGGCUGGUUCCAGGGCAUGGCCAUGAACGGCAUGAUGUCGGUCAAUUACCCGCCGGUGUACCGCAACUUUGCCAAGAACUUUGGCUUUUCCACCGGCCUGAUCCCCUGGACCCAGCUGCAGAUCGCCAUCGACAACUUCCGCGUGGCCACGGGCGGCAACCUGACCAACGACAGCGUCCAGUUUCUGCAGAAUGCGACGCUGGUUUUCCCAGACGGCUCGACCUCGACACCCUCCCAGGCAUCACUGAGCUUCCGCUUCGCGCGUAGCGUCCUGGCGAGCCCCGAGCUCCACCUGCUGGAUCGCCGCACGCACGCCUUGCUGCUGCGCGAGAUUACGACUAGUAUCAACGGCACGAGCUCAGACGGAGCCGCCGCCACGGAUGCCAACACGAACAGCGGCGGCGCGGCCAACACUGUGCGCGUGGCCGUCAGCGGCUUCCGUGCGUACGUCGAAGAGCUCAGCAUCCCGUCAGCCAGCACGUUCAUGACAGUGCUGCUGAUCGUGGCCAUCGUGAUUGCCGCUAUUACCGUCGGCAUCUUGCUGGUCAAGGUCGUGCUUGAGGCCUGGGCCCUCUUUGGACGCUUCCCAGAGUCGCUCGCCGGCUUCCGGCAGCACUACUGGCGCUCCAUUGCGCGCGCCAUCACCACUCUCAUUCUGUUGCUGUAUGGCGUGUGGGUGCUGUACUGCAUGUUCCAGUUCACCCAGGGCGAUUCGUGGGCCGCCAAGGUGCUGGCCGGCGUCACACUCGGCCUCUUUACCGGCGUGCUGGCCUUUUUCUCAUUUCGCAUUUGGUAUACCGCGCAGAAGCUGACGGACGAGGAAGGCGACACGUCUGGCCUGUACGACGACAAGAAGAUCUGGAGGAAGUACAGCUUGUUCUACGAGUCCUACCGUCGCCAGUACUGGUGGGUCUUUGUGCCUGCCAUUCUGUACAUGUUUGCCAAGGGCGUUGCGCUUGCUGUCGGCGACGGCCACGGCAUGGCCCAGAGCAUUGCCCAGCUGGCCAUUGAGGCAGUCAUGCUCAUCAUGCUGUUGUGGAGCCGACCGUACGAACGCCGCUCGGGCAAUGUCGUCAACAUUUUGAUCCAGGUCGUGCGCGUACUCUCUGUUGUCUGCAUCAUGGUGUUUGUCGAAGAGUUUGGCAUUGCCGAGACCACGCAGACCGUCGCUGGCGUCGUGCUGAUUGCCGUGCAGUCGGCCCUCAGCGGCAUUCUGGCCAUUCUCAUUGCAUUCAAUGCCAUUGUCGCCUGCGUCAAGGAAAACCCACACCGCAAGCGACGCAAGGAGCUCGAAAAGGCACGCGAUACGGACAACCUGACACCGCUCGACGCGCGCAACUCGCUGCUUCAGGCCGGUCAGACCAACAAGCGCGGCAGCGGCCGGAUGUCGCCGAUCGACGAGGAGACGGAAAGCCUGUCGGGCGUCUCAGACAAGAAGGUGGACACGACGGCGGUGCCCGCCUCAACCAACCUGUCGGUACCUCGGCUUCCGCCCGCACGCCAGGCCUCGACCGUUUCCAGCACACUCUCUGCUUCGUCGGGUGCCGUAUUGAUCGGCCUGGCCUCGACGGCGCCUGACGCGCGGUCCCUCACACCCAGCAAUGGCAACAACAGUGCUCGGAAUUUCUUGCCGCGGAUACAGUACAGUGGCAGUCGGCAGGAUGUCGGCCAGGGCGGCGAGAGUCUUCUCGGCGAGGCGGCACCGAUGGGCCGUUCAGACACCGCUGAUAUGCGGCAACCUACAUUGCCCAACCUCGACGGCAACAACACCAACGGCAGCGGCUCGUACAACGGUCCUCGUGGGCCGCCAGUACGGAAUCAAACCUACGGCCAACAAAGAUACCGGCCAGGUUACAACGGCAACGGCCCCAACUACCAGCGCCGGAACAACUCGUAUUCGCCAUUCCCGCCACAGCAGCAACAAUACAUGGCCUACAGCAGCAACCCUAGUGGCUACGGCAACGGCAAUAGCAACUUCAAUGGAGGUUACGGUCCAUACCCGGGACCUCAGAGGGGAUAUUAA